AAUGCAACGCUGGCACAGAAACAUUGAAAAAAGAAAAGCGUUCUCACGGAUUUAAUGGCAACGGUGGUCAAUGUCCUUGGGAGAUGAAACCCUAAUUAUUAUAAAAAUCCUCACUUUCCAAGUCACAAAGUCAUAACUAGCGCGUUUCAUCCUUCACCAAACUUCACAUAAAAGUUGUCAAACGUCACUCUCUCCGACCGUCUUCUCCAUUUUCUCAUCCCUAUCUCAUACAUAAUAUCUCCCUUAUUCUAUAUACAUAGUUCCAACAUCACCGAAACUAAGAACACACAUGGAGAAGAAAUCAAAAUCAAGAGAAGAAAAGCUUAACCAAGUUUCGAAGGGAAACGUUUGGGAUUGUGGCAGCAGCCUAUACGAUUCCUUCGAGCUCAACUCCUUCAAACGCCAACUGAACACGGCAAUAUCGAAUUCCCCGAAAAACAGAAAAACCCUUUCCAUGUCUCAUUUACCCGAACGUUGUCUCUCUCUUCAUCUUCAUCCUCAUCCACCACCCAUCAUGUCCAACAACAAGCCUUUCAAGAUCUCUCGAACCUUCCAGAAAUUCCUUCGAUUUGUCUUCAAGUCCAGCAACAAGUUAAGGACUUCUACUUCUUGUUCUAGGUCUACCACCCCCACCAGUAUUAUUGCCAGUAAUAAUAAUACUACUUUCCAAGUGGCAGAGAAAUAUUCCAACAAAGAUCGUUUCUACGUUGUUUACGACAAAUCCGAACCCGUUCUCUCCACGAUUCCCGAGCUUCCGGAAUUUGAGGUGGCCGUGCUUUCGCCGGAGAUCGCUUCGUUUGUGAGAAAGUCGGCGUCGGACAGGUUUAUGGCCACCACCGCUAUCGGUAUUUCGUGUGCUUGAGAUGAUCAUAGUUAUUUAUCAUAUUUAUUAUUGUUGUAUAUUGUUAUUUCAUAUCAUAAUAACGUAGCAAUUAACGUGUGUAUAGUGGGUUUCUGCUUAUGUUAUAAGUUUUGAUAA